UGCUUCAUUUGCUUCAUGGUUUUUCAAUCUGAAAGACACCAUGGGGAGGCACACAUCCAGAAGAUAGUCUACUGUCUGUGGAAUAUUUGGCUAUCCAAGAAUGCUUUAAUCUUUGACAGUAAGGCCCCUUCUCCAGCCUCUUCGGUAAUUAAGUCGGCCCGUGAUAUCCUUGAAUGGGAAGAAGCUCGAGUUUCGACACAUUAUUCGAUUCCCUACCGACCAACUCAGUUACCUUCUCAAUCUAGGGGUUCCCGUUUCAUCACCGAACCACCGCCCUAUACCCGAGUGAUGUUCUGUGAUGGGUCGUUCAUCUCAGACUCGACUCCGGCGGCAUUUGAGAUUACUAUUGUUAACUCUCAGGGUCGUGUGUACGACGGCAAGACUGGGACUUCCUUUGUUCUCAUCCAAUUCAGGCGGAAGCUUGUGGUCUUCUCAAUGCUAUCAGAGUUGCUUCUCGUGAUAACAUCCCAACCUGUAUUCGUACAGAUUGUCAGGUGCUUUCCCUUGCAUUGCAUCAGGAACCCUCGGCAUGGCCUUGGAUGUGUCGGGCUACCAUUACGCGGAUGGUUCUUCUUCUCGGGCUUGCACCAUCGAUUCGUGUUGAGUUUGUUCCUCGACGUUUGAAUCGGGUAGCGGAUUGGGUGGCACGACAUGCUAGGGCGGGAUCGUUACUAGUGGAUUGGAUUUUAAUUGUCAAUAUUAUUGCUCCACUCCUGUGACCACGGCUUUCCCGAUUUCGGAUGGAAUAAAAGGUUGCUUAUUGU